AUGCCCCGAGAAAUAGAACCACCAACUAUCCAGCGAGACUUCCUGCUCGCUGCUUUGGCAGAGGGGAAACGGCUCGAUGGCCGUUUACCUCUUGAGAUGCGGCAGGUGCGGAUCGAAUUCAGAGGGGAGUUGGGAUCGUGCGAGGUACAUUUGGGCGAUACAGUAGUUCUCGCUCAGAUCACCGCUACGAUAGUCAAGCCUCGAGAUGAUCGCCCAUAUGAAGGGUUCCUGCUCAUCAACUCUGAGAUCUCGCCUAUGGCUUCGAGUUUGUACGAAGCGGGAAGAUCAAGCGAAGACGAGGUCAUGAUCACGCGCCUUCUCGAGAAGAGCAUAAGACGAACGGAAGCGGUCGAUAGGGAGGCAUUGUGCAUACUGGCGGGAGAAAAGGUGUGGCAAUUGCGCUUAUCACUCCAUUUCCUCGCGGACGAGGGAAACCUACUGGAUGCAGCAGCACUGGCAGCUAUGGGUGCUCUGCGACAUUUCCGAAAACCAGAGGUAGAGGUCCUGGGAGACGAGGUCAUAGUGCACUCGCCUGAUGAGCGAGCGCCGGUACUGCUGGCGAUACAUCAUACCCCGUUAUGCGUUUCUUUCGCCUACUACCCCGACCUUCCCCCAAUACUAGAUCCUACCCACCUCGAAUCCGUCCUCGCGACCGGCACUCUCUCCCUCACCCUCAAUGCCCAGCGUGAGCUCUGCGUCCUAUCAAAGGCGGGCGGAACACCACUGGCGGCUGACGAGAUCAUGGGCGUGGUACGGGUGGCGGUGGACCGGGUGAGGGAUCUGAUACGCACGCUGGAAGAGGCGCUGGAGAGGGACCGGGCGGAGCGGGUGGUGGAGGUGAGAUGA